AUGGGGUCGAGCGCGGGCGCGCGUCACGGGGCCUGCUGUGUGUCGGAGCUCGCCCCCAUACGGCUUGACAUGAAGCUCGUGGGGAAAGAGGUGCGGGAGUCGUUCUGCCUGGAUGCGUCCGUGGACGACAGGGCCCUGUUCCAGCUCGCCAGGACCAUGUGCCAGGACCUAGACGUGCCCAGGCAGUGCGAGCACGUGUUGGUGAAGGCUAUAAAGGUUCAACUGGACGCGUACACGAGCGCGGAGCAGGCGUCGCCGGCGAACCGGCAAGAGAGGCUGGAGGUCAUAAAGCUAGACUUUCAUGCUGGGAAUAUCCACAUCAAAGAUCAAUUCGUGUGGGAUGUGGGUGACCCCAGCUCCACCCCAGAAGACUUUGCACAAGUGACCUGCAAAGACUUGAACCUGCCCCUGAGGUUCGUACCAGAAAUUGCGUACCAUAUACGUGAGCAGCUGGUGCAGAUCCGGCAAGCAGGGAAGAAAGGUAUGUAUUGA